AUGGAGGUGGUGGUGGUAAUCACUCUUUUUGCUUCCUCAUGGUUUGUAAACUCGCGACGUUUCGAACACCUCACCCCAUUUUCUGUUUUUUUACAGCGGUUUGUGGCUGUCAUUGACAUCCGGUACUGCUGCCACGUGCCCAAGCUGGCCACAGUGGUGCCCACACAACAAACCGGAUGGUGUGUUCUCUCGUCUGCGUGUGAAGGAAAAGGGAAUGUAAAGAGUGAGGGGGAUUCCACGCAAAAAUUGUGUGAAAGGGAUGAGAUUGCUACGGGGUGGAGGGGCGGUUGCAGGAACGAAGGGAAGGAGUGGAAUGCGAUAAACCACCAAAAAAAAGAAAAAAAAUAG